AGCGGCUGGCAGACCCAUGCUUUGUCUACCUUGUUGAGAUGCCCAUGUGUCCAACCACCCAGGAGGGCCACCCUGGACACAGAAAGUGACCAGUGGGAAGUCUCCAGAAAAGGGAGUGGAGAUUGCUUGGAGUGGUCACAGUCCAGAACAAUGUACAGGACAAUGGUCCGCCAGUCACUGGUCCAGGAGCUACAGCCUGCGGAGGUAGAGCCAGAGGAGUCAGGUGCAGGAGCAGAAGCCACUGUGUCUCCAGGCCACAUGAUCGCUGGCAUCAGCCGCUCUGCAGGGAAGGUGCUGUCUGGAGGGACUCCUGCAGGAGUCCAGGAGCCAGAAGAUGACUUGGCACCUGUGCAGGGACAGCCAGCACCUGUACAGAGUGAACCAGCUCCUGCUCCAAUUCUUGCCUCUGCUCCUGCCUCAGCUUCUGACACUAUUCCUGCUUCUAUUCCAGCUCCUUCUCCUGACACUCUUCCUGCUUCUGCCUCUGUGACUUCCACUGUUCCUACUCCUGCCCCUGCCACUGCCUCUGCCCCUGUUUCUAUUCCUACCCCUACCAUUGUUCUGCCCCUGCCCCUGGCCCUGUUCUUGCUCCUGUCCCCAGCCCUCCCACAGUUCCUGACCCUGGCCUUACUCCUGCCCCUGUUGGUGCCACUGCCCCUGCCCUUGGUCCUGUUCUUGCCUUGUAUCUGCCCCUUCUCCUGCCCCUGUCCCUAUUCUUGCUCCUGCUCUGCCCCUGCCCCUCUCACUGUCACUGCCCGCACCAGGAUCCCAGAGACAUUGAGAGCCCCCAAAGCCCGAUGGGGACACCUAGUUGUAGGAUGACCCUUAAUUCAAUCACCCAACCCCAACACCCCAGCAGAAUGAUUCUUUCUCUCCCUAUUUGUGCUUUCUUCCUGCUAUAGUUCAACUAUUAUUUUAUAAUUUUGUGUUUUGUAUAGUAUUUAUUAUUAACUUUUUAAGAAAUGUGUAUAUGAUUGAAAUUGUAUGAUUCCUGGGCUUUGAGUACACUCACAAUGCUCUGCAAACACGCCACAGAAUAUUUUUGCAGAAUAUCUCCGUCCCCAAGGGACACCAUGUACCUGAAGCCCUCACUCCCCAUUUGUCCCCUCACCCAGCCUCUGGGAACCAUGAAUCUGCUUUCUCCCUGCUGUUAACCUACUAUGGAUGUUUCCUAUAACUGGAACCUUGCAAUAGAUGCUUUUGUGUCUGCCCAAAUUUUCUAAGAUGGGACAGAUUAAUUUUUGUAUUUUGUGUUUAUUUGAAAUAGAAUUUUUCUCAUUUGAUACUGAAAUUCACAAUGGAUUAAAAAUUGGAUGUGAAAAAAUAAGACCACUUUGGUAAGAAAGGGCACGGUCUUGGGGUUGAGACCCCUGUUCCUCCUGUGACACCACAGCCUGACUCCCGACAAGACAUGGAUGUUCAUCCUGUGGCCAAAACAGAAAGAGGCAAAUGCAGGAAGCUGGACACUGACACCACAAAGGGGGAAAAGUGUUCCUCACGACCUAAGUCCAGAGAAAGGUUUCCACGCCUCUGUUCCCAAAAUACUCCAAAGCCAAUGUAUUCCUUGGAUGAAGAGCAAACACAUGGAAGUCCAAGGGGAGGCAACCUCCAUGGGGAGCAGUUGUCAGAGAUGUGCAAUUACCUGGAAGGAAUUCAGGCAAAUGAAACCCUAUGGGGGCAGUGCUGAUCACCUGGCGGCUUAUGGUCUGGGGAGCAGCAGGCCAGUUGAUAGCAUAAGGAAACCAAACCCCAGGAGAUCCACAGUCAGAAGUCCUCACCUGAAGGGGAGCAGCUGUUCAAUAGCAGGAGAGUCCAUGGAGCCCAGCUGGUCUGUUACUGGGAGAGACAACAGAGCUCAGAUGGUCCAGUACCGGGAGAACCUAUAGAGCCCAGGGUCUUCCUUCCCCAGCCACCAUGUCUGGUCCCAGGCAGAUGGGUCAGCUCAGCUCCCUUGAGUUCAGAGGGGCCUCAUGGCAGGAGGGUGGGGUGCUCCGGAGGCAGGACCUGAUUUCCAGAAUGCUGAGAUGCAGGCCUGAGGUUAGGACAAUCAAAUGUCAAAGGGACUGCGAUUCUCACCUAGCUUGUCUUACUAGUGACCCCAGGCUGUGCUACUAGCCUCAGUAUCCACAACUGUGACUGGGGGACAUAACUGGGCCAUCUUCAUGGGUUGUUUGUUGGAUUCUCUGAGAGAUGAGGUGGAAUCAUUCCCUGGUGCCUACAAGAUAUAAAGAGACACCUGGCAGUUUGCCACAUGAUCCUCUAGGGCAGGGCACUCCUGGAAGACCCUGCUCAGGCCUCUUCCUGGUGCCCAUUUCCUGGGAAUGUAAGGGUGCUUUAGCCCUGUUUACUUAAUCUUAGAUGCUUUUAUCUGUGGCUUCCUAUUCCUGUGUCUUUGUUCUAUGCUGGGGGUGCUUUCACCCUCUUUACCUCUUCUGGAUGCUUUCAUCCUGUGGCUUCCUAUUCCUCUAUUUCCAUGCUCAGGGAAGUUUUGCUCUGCUUACCUAAUCAUGGAUGAUUUCAUCCUUAGCCUUGUUAACCCAUUGGUACAAGCUCAGGGAUUCCUAUACUCAAUUCCCACAAUCCCACCUUUUUUUUCUUUGGUUUUUUUUUUCUAGUUUUUUGUUCACAGACGGUCAUGACAAGCUCCUGGUCCUUCUUUUGUUUUUGGGUGGCUGGCGGGUGACUCUGCAAAGUUAUAAAAAGAGACACGGUAUAAGUAUUCUGCUUCUCAGAGUUAUCCAGAAUUUGAUAUGUGUGCUGGCUCUAAGUGAGAAAAGAUUUAAGUCAUGCCACACUGCCCAGGAAUCAGGCCAUUCAUUUCUAAUUUGGUCAUCUGUAAUAUUGUAGCUGUUGGCUCAAUAUCACAUCCAAAUUUCCUAUAUUGUUAGAGACAUAGAAAAACAAAACACUGCAAAGGUGUGUCUGGAAAGCAUCCCAGGCUUGGGAAUGACUAUAAGGAAUGGCAGUUAUGCAAAUAUGCUGGUAGUUAGGGUCACGGGGCAGUUUAGAGUGGAGGAAGAAGGCUUCCUGUCUUUUUCCAAUAAAUUCCACUGCAGCACAAAAGCUUCAAGGCAGGCCAAAACUUGUAUAGGAAUAGAAAUUUGGUUUAUUAUUCUUUGGUACUGUUGACCAUAAAUGUAUUGAGGACAUGGACUGUUUGGUGCAGGCUGAUUCCAGUGACAGUGGCAGAGGUGAUAAUGCUUACUGCUGCUAAGGCGCCCAUGAUUAACAGGCCAACAAAUCACUUUUGCCUUACAGCUGAAUACCAGUGUUGAACAAUCUUGGAAAGUGAGCCUCUUCCUGAUGGAUGCAUAUAGGGCUCAGAGCUAUUAACAGAAACCCAGGCUGAGACACACUAAGUACUAACAAAGAGGAGAGAUUUAAUUGGUGGAUGUUAUAUUUAUUUACUCAGGACAUAAACCAGUCCAUGAUGGUAGAAAUGUUAUACUUAUUUCUAUUUGUUGGGUUUGUAAAGUGGAGGCAAUAAAGAGAAUGUAGGGAGAAGGAAUGCAAAUAGUGGCCCAUGCAAACUGGUCAGGGAGUCCCAUGUUUUGUUAAUAUGUGUAUUUAUAUAAAUUUCAUCAUGGCUAACACUAUGAGUCAAGAAGGGAAGGCCUAGGUCUCAAAGAUUAACAACCAUUUUACAUUUUCCUUUAUGAGUAGAAAUAUAGGGCCAGACCAACCUCUGUCUUAUUAUUCUUACUAGAUUGGUCGAAGGAUAUGGUCUUAUUCGAAUAUUUUGUUUCAAGGUGGCCUCUGGGACCCCAGUCAAUUAAAGUCCAAGUGACCUAGUGAAUAUUAUGCUCAGUCUCUCCGUACCAGUUUGUCUAAGGAAUAUUAUUCCAGCGGUGGUAUGAAUACUUGAGGCUAGAGCAACCUAGAACAUUAGGAGUGUGAGAUAAGUUUGUUUUUGAGGUAUAUCAAAAUUUGUGGCUGAGAAAAAUUUUAAAUUGUCUGGCCUUGUAGAGGUGUUGAGCUGUACAUGUAAAUGCCAGUUGAUUUUUCAUUUGAGAUAAGCACAUAAGUUACUAAGUUUAGUAACACACCUAAGGAGGUUCUGAACUCAUCUUCAGUUUUCUGGUGUGGAAUUAAAGUGUCUGACUUUGAAAAGUGACUAAGGACAUCACUUCCAUUUUCAGGAAACCCACUCCUUGCAGGAAAUGGUAAUGGUAAAUUUGGCAAAAAAUUUUCCCCCAAAGAUAUGUUUUAGUUUGCCCAGAAUGAAUGGACACCCCCAUCUGUGGAGCCAGACUGAUGGACUGUAGGGGCAGAUGUUCUCAUAAAGGCAGACUUGGGUUGAAAUGAAUGAUACACACAUUGGGAGUCACAAGGAUAGUCUCAUCCUGUCUGAUUGGGAUGAUCUGAAAAGUCAACUUAUUCCAGCUGCUCCAUGUCACGUGGGUUCUCCAGUUCAAGUGGAGAUGCUUGAUUUGGUUAAACAGAAGAAGAUUUAGUCAUCAGGAAAUAAAUACCUGUGGCUGGCAGAGGAGAGAUAUCUGGAUCAGAACUGGGAAUGGUCCUGGGUGUAUGUCUGAAGUGAUAACCCUCCUUUAGAUCUCUGGUCCUUUAGCCAGUUUUGAGAGAUCCACACUCUCUAGGUGGUGUCAAGGUAUAUGUCAGAGUACCCCACACUUGCCCCAGGUUCAUGCGCAAAGGAGGAGAGACUGACCUUUAGGCUUCCAGGUGAGCUGACCACCAGGUUCUUCUCCCUCUGUGAUUCCACUGUGCCGGUGGUGAUGUGGGCAAAGGUCAUUCCCAAGCAGGAAUAUGAGGAGAGUGGGUAUAGAGGAGUGUGUCCCGUCCACACAAGUAACCACAACAGCUCAGGGCUCAUCCCCACUAAUGAACUUAUCUCUGUUGGCAGGCCCUGGGAUAUACUAUCUAAGCUGAAGACACUAAGAGAGGCCACCUUGCUUUAAGGUUGAGCAAGCCCAAAAUUAAUGCCAAAUGUCCCAGUAAAGCAUAUGCUUACCUACUUCCUGUGCUGUAAGCUAAAAUUCUCCAAUAUCCUCAACACACAGAACACACUUUUCCUGAAACAUUCCCACUCCCAACCAGACUUUUGGUCUUUAUAAAGUCUCAUCAUUCCAUCUUAGAAAUAGUCAGUAGACAAAAUAUUUUUAGUUGCAUUGUACAUUCACUGUUGCCUGCAGGAAAGAAUGCCAGGAUGAUGAUGUGUCUUUCUACACAGUAGUCCUAUAACUUUCUUCUGGUUUGGGAACAUUAAUGGGGCU